AAUUGAUCGUCUGACAUCAUGGCGUCGUCGAGUUUGCUCUUUCAGGGUAUCGCGUGGCUGCUGCUCGAGGCCAAAACGACCUUCUACUCGCCACGCUACAGCCAAGAAUCCCUUUGUGUUCGUAGCCAAGUGUUUCCGUUCUGGAAGCGCCCGCAGAUCGUGCUGCAAUUGGGUCACACCGAGUACAUAGUGCUCAAUUCUGGACCGGCAGAUGCUGCCAAGCGUAGUGGUGACCAGAAAGAAGCCAAGAAGUUAUUGCAUCUGACGGUACGGCCGCUGGACGACGUGAAACGCGCUCAAUUGUACCAAACGGCGGCUAGAACCCAAGUGCUGCAGGUUUUUGUGGAUGCGGAACUCACUCGCGAGCGGCUGCUGCGCUGCUUGAGUGGUGAGGAGGCUGUAGAUCCAGGGAAGAAGCUGCUGGACAAAGCCUUUGCGACGUUAGAGAGGGCACAGAACAGUCGAGAUCUGGAGACGGCCAUUAAGCUGUAUGAAGAGGCUGAGCGAGUAUUCUGGGAGGCUGAAAAGCUGCUGACAGAUGACAGAUCGAGAGAAUUCCUGAGAGCGAGGAGAGCAGACUUACAGCGCACCGUUAGGGGGUUAGAGAAAGAAAUCAAGAGCGCUGCGGAUGUGGCCACAUCACCGCUGCCUAUGGAUCUCAGUGCGAGGUUGGAGGAGCUGCGUCGGUUUGCAGCACAGCAGGAUGGUGCUCAGGUUGAGGCUCAGCCGGGGAAUCGGACAGAUCUGACAGCUCGGUUGGCAGCUUUGAAGAACGAGAAGGCGGGGCCUGCACCGCCGUUUGAAGGGGGAGAACGCGGUGGAUCGCAUUAUUGGGCAGGUGGCGGAUGA